UUUUAUCAACCAACUCUAUUAUCAUCAAGAUGCGUUACUCUCUCGCCGCCAUUGCUGCUAUUGCCGCCUCCGUCCAGGCCCACGGUGUCGUCUCUGAGAUCCAGGGUGCCAAUGGUGUAACCAUGCCUGGUCUGUCCGUCCAGGACGGUACUCCUCGUGACUGCGCCUCUCCUCUCUGCGGUUCCGAGGCUGAUACUUCCAUCAUCCGCACCCGCGAGAUGGGUGGCAAGGCCUCUGCUCUUGGACGCACCCAGGGUGGCGGUGCCGUUGACGCUAGUGCCGCUAUCGCCAUGUUCAUGGGAGGUGCUGGAGGUGCUGGUGCCGGUGCCGCAGCUGGUGCCAAGCGUGGCCUCCUCGAUGCUCUUACCGGUGGUGGCGCUGGUGGCGCUGGUGGCGCUGGUGCUGCCUCUGCUGGCACCAAGUCCACAGGAACUGAGGGUGGUGUCGCCAAAGCCGCAGGUACCGGAGCCACCUCUGGCCUGCCCACCACUGCCGACGACGGCACCAUCACCAUGACCUUCCACCAAGUCAACCAGGACGGUGCCGGUCCCUUGACCGCCCAGAUCGACGCCACCUCCGCUGGUACCGACCCCGCCGCCUUCCAGGACGCAACAGUCAUGCAGAACGUCCCCGGUAUCGGUAUUGGAGGUCUCUCCGCCGCCGCCGUCAAGGACUUCCCCGUCAAGGUCCAGAUGCCCGCUGGCAUGACCUGCUCCGGUACCGCCGGUGGCGCCACCAACGUCUGCAUCGUUCGCAUGCAGAACUCUGCCCUCGCUGGUCCUUUCGGUGGCUCUGCUGCCUUCACCCAGAGCGCUGCCGCUAAGAAGCGCGCGGUCGAGUACAACCUCCGCAAGCGCCACAUGGCCCGCGGUAUCCUCGGAAAGCCCGAGUAAGCUUCUCACCAUCAAGCUUUCUCUACAUCGGCCCACGACAACACAUAGCAAUCUCGGAUAACGCGACAAACAAGAGUUGGAUAUAAUAUAAUGACAAAAAGAGAAAGAGAUAUUCAAAGUACAUACGAGUAUGAAUAAAGUGAGCUCGGCUUUCCAAGAUCCAUGUUUGAUGGGUCUUGGUGCCACUCCUUUAGUUCUGUACAUAACUGACCUACCAUACACUCAUUUACUUGAGCUGUUUUAAGUUGUUUGUUUAUAUAAACUGUAAUUAGAUGGAUGGAAUGGGGGACGGGACUGCGGAAGGGGGAGUUGUUCCUUGACGGUUUUGGAUAGGAGCAUCUUUUCUCUUUCGUGGGUUUUGUCUGAUUUUGUAUAUAGAUGAAUGUGAGCGAGUCUGGUUUAAAACUUCUUGGUCUUGCAUGUGUGA